AUGGCUGAUGCAUCAACUCCUUCUCAAAGUGGGUUGAAUACUCAAUCAACCAAAAAAAAUGUAAGAGGUUGCACCCGGAUGAAAAAGUUGGAACUUUUGUCUGCACGGGGUGAGAGAAAAUCGAUUGAUUUCAAUUCAGAUGGACGUCCUAUAGGGAAAAAUGCACAUGAUUUCAAGUAUCAUGUGGCUUCCCUUGCUCGAGAGAAAAUCAAUAUUCUGAUUGAUGAGUGGGAUAAGGUUGGUAGCGAAGACAGAAAUGAAAUUUGGACAGGACUUAAGCAAGUAUGGGAUAUUCCUAAAAAUGCUGCUGCUGAUAAGAAAACGAUGAUAUAUGCGGGUGAGCGUUGGAAGGCCUUUAAAAACAGCUUAACCAGUAGAUAUAUAGAUGAGAAAGGAAAUAAGUUUGGCAAAUCUGCUGCUGAUGAUUACUCUUAUAUUGGUAAAGAAACGUGGAACGAUUUUGUUAAGUCGCGAGAGGACCCUACCUUUCUGGAGAAAAGAAAGAAGGGGCAGGUGGCUCAGUCUUAUAAUAAAUAUCCCCAUAGAUUGUCUCAAGGCGGAUAUGCUUUGCUCGAGAAAGACAUGAUGGCAGAUAAGUUAAAAAAAAGAAAAGAAGCAGCUGGAGGGGCAGAGGUUCCACCUCCAUCUCCACCACAACGUCAUGAAAAGUGGAAGCAAGCCCGACUAAAACCAUCAGGAGAGUAUACAUCAGAAGCCACGCGUCUUAUUGCAGAAAAUAUUGAUGCUCUGGUGUCAGAAGGGACCUUUGUCCCACAAGGACGACACGAUAUUUUGACAGAAGCCACAGGGCGAGGUGAGCACCCUGGUCGUGUUCGGGGUGUUGGUGGGGGGGUGGGGAUUCGAGAAUACUUUAGAUCUCAUUCUUGUAAAUAUUCUAGUACCCCUCCUGUUAUGAAUAAAGAACAAAUAGAGGCCAUAAAGGCUGAGCUUACUAAGGAUAUUACAGCGCAAGUGAUGCGGGAUAUAUCUUCGUUGCCAGCUUUCUCUGAAAAAUACACAAAUAACCCAGUUUGUUCUCCAAAUACCACUCUACAAUAUGAGAGCACAAAGGCUGGUUGUUUAGAGUUGCCGCAUAUGUCAGAUGAUGAUCCGGAGGAUAUUCCUGAAGAGUGUUGGGGCCCAAUAUACAUAAUCAAGUGUUAA